GCCAAGCCGCCUCUUUAAAUUGGCUUUCCUCCCCAGAGCAGGGAGAGAGGCUGGAGUGUGGUUUGCGGCCAAACCUAAAGGCUGCAAUUAACCAGCCGCCUGGCCUUCCCGACUCCGGAUUCACGAACGUCUUAAAGGACGUCUUCGCUCCUCGGGACUCGCGGCUGCGCUCGCAGUGCAGGUCUGGGCGCGCGCCCCGCGCCCCCCGGCGAAGCGGUCGAGGAGGAGCCAGAGUCGGGAGGCGGGAACGACCUGCGGCGGGUGAGACUAUGGAGCAGCGUCUUUGGCGGCCGCGGCGGCAGCAGCAGCAGCAGCAGCUCCUGAACGCGCCUCAAUGAGAGCGGCGGUGGCGGUGGCGGCUGCCGGGCCGAGGGACCGCCGCGGGCUAAUUCCAGCCGCCGGGAGCGCAAGGCCAUGUAACCCGGUCGGCUCCAGGCAACCAGGUGCGUAAUCUCCAGCCGGCCCCUCGCGCAGCGGGCACGGCCAGCGCUGCCACAGGUGACUUGAUUUCUGCGACGGUAGCUCUGCCGCCCGGGGGCCGAUCUCGAAACAUUCUUAUUUUCAAGUCCUUUAGACUGGGUGCCAUCUGGGAAGGGGGAAGAUUCCUCGUAAAAGUCUGACUGUUAAGAAAUUGAAGAUCCAAAUUUAAAAAGUGAUUCCCCCCGUUCCCUCCUCUCGUCUCUGCGAGGCAGAUGGGAGCCAUGGCUUACCCCUUACUCCUCUGCCUCCUGCUCGCUCAGCUGGGAUUGGGAGCUGUUGGUGACAGCCGUGACCCCCAGGGACGGCCGGAUUCCCCUCGAGAGAGGACCCCAAGGGGGAAGCCGCAUGCUCAGCAGCCGGCUCGAGCCUCUGCCUCGGACCCCUCGGCUCACUGGAGCCGCUCCAUCGAUGGCACCAUCUUGGCGCAGAAACUCGCCGAGGAGGUGCCCAUGGACGUGGUCUCUUACCUCUACACCGGGGACUCCCACCAGCUGAAGCGAGCCAACUGCUCCGGCCGCUACGAGUUGGCCGGCCUGCCGGGGAAGUGGCCAGCCCUGGCCAACGCGCACCCCUCCUUGCACGAGGCGCUGGACACACUGACACACGCCACCAACUUCCUCAACAUGAUGCUGCAGAGCAAUAAGUCGCGGGAGCAGAACUUGCAGGACGACCUGGAGUGGUACCAGGCGCUGGUGCGGAGCCUCCUGGAGGGCGAUCCCAGCAUCUCCCGGGCGGCCAUCACCUUCAGCACCGAGUCGCUGUCCGCGCCAGCCCCACAGGUCUUCCUCCAGGCCACGCGCGAGGAGAGCCGCAUCCUGCUCCAAGACCUGUCCUCCUCCGCACCUCACCUGGCCAACGCCACCCUGGAGACGGAGUGGUUCCACGGCCUCCGGCGCAAGUGGAGGCCCCACUUACACCGCCGUGGCCCCAAUCAGGGUCCCCGGGGCCUGGGCCACAGCUGGCGGCGCAGGGACGGGCUCGGCGGGGACAAGAGCCACGUCAAGUGGUCUCCACCUUAUCUGGAGUGCGAGAAUGGGAGUUACAAGCCGGGGUGGCUGGUUACUCUUUCCUCUGCCUUCUACGGGUUGCAGCCUAACCUGGUCCCGGAAUUCAGGGGUGUCAUGAAAGUUGACAUAAAUCUUCAGAAAGUGGACAUUGACCAAUGCUCAAGUGAUGGCUGGUUUUCAGGAACUCAUAAAUGCCACCUCAACAACUCAGAGAACUUGUAUGGAGUUGGGAAGAAGAUGAUGAACAAAGACAAUUGGAAGAACCUUGAGCGUGUCUGUGAGGAGGUGGUAGAUUCAUCUCUAUAUUUAGAGACUCCUUUUUCCUUUGUGGAUCAUAGUGAAAAUUGCUAA